AUGACUAUGAGACAGAGAGAGCCAAAAGGAAAAUACUUUAGGCAACUAGUCUCAAAAGAAGAGAAUAAAAUUUGUAACUGUCCAAAAAAGGAAGAAGAAAAAACGACUGUAUCAUGCCAUAGUCCUAAUUGUAUCAUGGGUACUCGUAAAAGAAGAAGAGAUCCCUUCUGUAUCGCUGCCCCACCAAAUUCGCCCUAG